AUGGUAGAAAUGCACGGGACACCAAAAGGUCUGCUGUUUGCCAUUUACUAUCCCGUCAUUACAGCUGUCGGGCUUCCAGCGAACAUUGUAGUUAUUCUAAUCUUUUCUCGAGGAAGGUGUGGUCUGCCCAGAUGUCUCGCUCAUUACCUGGUGUCCAUGGCAGUGACGGAUCUAUUGGUCAUUAUCACUGCUGUAAUACUGAACCGGAUCACUGGCAUUUAUUUCCCAUUCAGUUUCAUGUCCAUCACACCUGUUUGUAGCCUGCGGAUUGCUUUAAUAUGUGGAUCCAUCGACUGUUCUGCCUGGUUAACAGUUGCUUUCACCUUUGAUCGAUUUGUGUCCAUUUGUUGCCAGAAUUUGAAAAUUAAACACUGCACUAAUAAAACAGCUCUGUGGAUCAUAGGAAUCGUCUGCACAAUGAGCUACUUAAGAAACAUCUUCUGGUAUUUUAUAUUUGAACCUCUGUACGUAAUUGGCAAUGUUCCUUGGUUCUGUGUUAUCAAAACAACAUUUUACACGUCACCAGCGUGGGUCGCAUAUGACUUGAUUCUUGUGGUUUUUAGUCCUUGCCUGCCGUUCAUUGUGAUUUUGCUGCUCAAUGCUCUCACUGUUAGGCAUAUUAUAGUGGCUAACCGAGCUCGCAGAAGACUCCAGCCCCAGAGAAGUGGAGAAAAUCAGAGAGAUCCAGAGAUGGAGAAACGGAGAAAGUCCAUUGUUUUACUCUUUGCCAUCUCUGGUAGCUUCAUAGCAUUAUACAUGUUAUAUUUUAUGACCGUAGUCUAUGUUCGCAUUGCAAAUGUGACUUACUUCACGGAUUCUGAUUUCAGUGACUCUACGUUUAUUCUUGAAGAAAAUGCAUACAUGCUUCAGUUUUUGUGUUCCAGUCUUAAUCCAUUUAUUUAUGCAGGAACCCAGCGUAAGUUCAGAGAGGAGCUAAAGAGGGGAAUAUUAUAUCCAUUUGCUAUGAUUGUGAAAUUCAGCAAUUGA